AUGAAGCCUACCCACAACGCCAUAUCCACUGAGGGCCAAAAGAUCUUCUCGACUACAUUUGAUACUAUUGGCUUCUUCGCUCGUAGCAUUGGAGACCUGCAGUUACUAGCAGACGUCUUUUGUAUCGAGGAUGAUCGGCCACCAGAGCGUUUUUCACGGAAAGAUGUUUCAGUUGCUCUUCUCAAAACACCCAUGUGGUCCCAGGCAGGCUCUAGUACCAUCAAUGCCAUGCAACGAACUGCCGCAAUACUGCGCAAUCACGGCGUAAGAGUAGAGGAGGUGUCACUGCCAGACGAUUUUGGCGACGCAGAUACCUUGAGGCGGUCGCAAAGGGCAAUCACGAACGCUGAGGCCAAAGUCGCCUUUCUAAAAGAAUAUCGAAUGGACAAGGCCAAUUUGGACGCGUCGAUCUGUCAUCUGGUGGAGAACAAGCCUGAGCAUGCCAAUGCAGAAAGAAUGCAGGCUCUGGACAGGCAUGUAUGUCUUCGUGGCAUGUUCGAUGGGAUAGCGGCGAGCUACUCAGCUAUCCUUGCACCAAGCGCUGCAGACGAGGCCCCACUGGGGCUUGAUGAUAUGGGCAGCCCGAUGUUCAACACCUUAUGGACGGCAAGUGACUGCUUUAGCGUAAUGCUGGAAAGCUGCCACUAA